AUGUCUUUAGAAUUUGAUCAAGAUUUUUUAAUUUUCAAGAACUGUAUUGGAAAAGAACCAAAUGAAGAUGAUGAGAAAUCAAUUAUAAUAAAAUCAUUGACAAUUCGUACAAUAGGAUCCCAUCCAUUAUGGGGUCAUUAUUUAUGGAAUGCAAGUAAAGUAUUAUCAAAUUAUUUGGAUAGCAACAGUAAAAAUUUGGUCAAAGAUAAAUUUGUGUUGGAAUUUGGAGCUGGUGGUGGAUUAGCAUCUUUAAUUUGUGCUAUUAAUGAAGCAAAAAAAGUUGUAAUUACAGAUUAUCCUGAUGAUGAGUUAAUUGAGAAUAUUAAAUAUAAUGCCAUAGCAAAUCUUGGUGUUAAGAAAAUACAAGGCAAUAAAGAAUCUGUAGAACUUCCCAACAAUGUAAUAAUCUCAGGCUACAUUUGGGGCAGAGACACAAACCCACUACUAAAUUACAUUAAUUCCACAAAUUCCAUUAAUAAUAAAAGAAAAUAUGAUCUAAUAUUAUUAUCAGAUUUGUUGGCAAAUCACUCAGAACACAAAUCAUUAUUAAAAUCAUGUAAAGAAUGUUUGGAACCUAGCAAUGGACAAAUAUUGGUGUUUUUUACACAUCAUAGACCGCACUUUAUAAAACAAGAUUUAAACUUUUUCAAAAUUGCAACUGAAGAGGAAAAUUUUAAAGUUGAAAAAAUAUUACAGGAAAAGAUGAAUCCGAUGUUUAAAAAUGAUUAUGGAGAUGAGGAGGUUAGAAAACCAAUCAAUGAUUUGUGGCAAUUAAGAACUGCCUCUUCACGAAAAAGAUUAGAUGCAAGACCUAUUUCAAAUAAUGCCUUAGAAAGGAUUCAAGAAAAACGAAAAAGAUAUGGUUUUUUCACUGAACAAAACAUAGAAGAAGAAGAAGGGAGAAGAUUUAUGAAUAUGAAUGACGCACAAGCAAUUGACAUUAAAGUCGAUGAACAUUCACAAGGUAUUCAUGAAAUUGUUCAAUCAAUGACUGAAUGCUCUAAAAGUUACUAUGUUAAUAAAUGCAUACCUGGAGAUAGGGUCCCUGCUUUAGAGAUUGUUUGCUCUGAAUGGGAAAAAUAUCUUUUUCAUAAACUAUAUCCUACUGCAAUUUCAAGAGCAUCAGUGUCUGUUGAAGCUGCUGGAGAAAUAAUUAAUAGUUUAACUGAUAAACUCUCUUAUAAGACAUUGUUUUUUCUACUGGCAAUUUUCUUCGCUGUAUUCACUUCAAAUUAUAUUGUUGAAUUACUCAAAAAACAAUUUCAAAACCUUGUUUCAUAUAACAAUCAUCAUCCACCACCACAAACAUAUACAUCACCACCACCACAAACAUAUUCAUCUCCGCCACCGCGACAAACAUAUUCAUCCCCUCCGCCACGACAAACAUAUUCAUCUCCACCGCCACAACAAACAUAUUCAUCUCCACCACAACAAACAUAUUCAUCUUCGCUACAAGCAUAUACAUCUCCAUCACCAUAUGCUCGCCUACAUUCAAAUACACUAGACGCGUUAACAUAUUGA